AUGGGCCAGGUGUCUGACAAUGCGGCCAUGGGCCAUGUGUCUAAGGAGAUGCAGCCAGUGGCCUUGCGGAGCAUCAAAAAGGUCGUCAGGACUGGAUUUGCUGAUCAUUUUAUGACACCCACACCACUGGAGAGAGAAAUCGAAUGCAUCGAAGGUCUUCGCCAAUUCUCGCAGAAGCCCCCGGUGGAGGUCUCAGGCCGCGUGUCUGUGUUGACGCCCACCACUGCGUCACGUGCACGUUUCCAUGAGCAGCUCUGGCAGUGUUUCGUUGAUCAGACCUGGCCAGACAAGGAGUUGGUGGUGGUGGAAACUUACACCCACAACCAACGACCCUCCGAAGUCUUCACCAAACUCGUCAAGGCAGGGGAGAAGAGACUCAAAUAUUUGGCUAUUGAGGUGGAUGAAAACGGUGACUUCACGGUGGGCGCCAAGAGAAAUUUGACCGUGCUCAUGUCCAGUGGACAGUACUGCGUUCACUUUGAUGACGAUGACUUGUACGCAACGGUCUAUGUGGAGCGUAUGGUGAACGAGAUCAGACAAAGAAGUUUGGUCGCACUGACGCUCUCCGCAUGGCACAACUUCUUCGAGUCCAGAGAUCGGUGUGGAUAUUCCACCCCAGGAUGCUGGGAGCCAGAGGAUCAUGAAGAGUACGAGGGCAUCCUCUAUGGCUAUGGUUUUAGCUAUGUUUACCUCCGGGCAUUAGCGCUUUAUUUUCCAUACCCCAACUUAGCCUUUGCCGAGGAUGCGCCCUUCAUGUUGAAGCUUCGAGAGAAGAUGGGUGCCAGCCGUGUUGGGCUCAAAGAAGAUGUGGAGGGCCUUUGCCUUCACAUAGUCCAUUCCACAAGCAGCACGCCUGACCCGGCCGUUGAGACAAUGCUCACGGAGGGAGAAUUGAAUGGCUUAGUGGUGUCGGAGUCAACGGCAUGUCGAUUGCACUUGCAGCGGCCGUGGUUUCGCAAUGGCUGGCCGGAAGCAUCGCUAUUCAUUGGAGUGGCGGUGGUGAGGAAAGCACCAGGGACCACCAGCUUCAUUGGUGUUCGCGUGGGCGAUGUUCUGAAGCAAGGGAGGUAUGAACCACAGCGGUGCUACAACUUCCCUCAACUGGAUCGCAGAAGAAAUGCCAAGGUGGAUAUCUACCAGCACGUUGGUACGUGUAUGGUGGCCGUGGAUCCAGAUACCAAGGCAACACAUGAGGUGGCUGUCACCAGCCUGGAUCCAGAGACGCCAGCCUCGCGGAUCAAGAUCCACGUGCAGGCCAUGUCCGAGGAGAACAAGCAACAGCGGGAGCAACGCACCAAGGCAUUGAAGGUUCAAGCUCGCGACUACCUCAUGAAGUACAGUAUUGAAGAGAGGCUCUCCGAGGCGGUCAAGGCCUUGUUGAAGGAACAACCUGCAGACCCCACGGCCUUUCUCUGUAAACAACUCACCGAUUGGGACAAGGCCUCGGCAGUCACCAAAGAGGCGGCGCCGGCAGCCUCGGAACUGCCCCAAGUCUUCGAGGACGAGUCGGUGAAUCGCCUGCGCAAGGAUGCGCGCGAGGCCUUCGUGCGUGCCACCGAUGAUGGAUCCUUGGAGUCUGCGUUGAACAGCGUGAAAGGCGGCCGCAAUGCCCAUGGUAAGGAUGGUGGCAGCAAGGACUCCGCCGGCAAGGAAGACGUUCGCCUCCGGGUCUCCAAUCUCCUGGUGGACUCCGCCGAGAACGGCGACUUGGAACGGGCCUUGGCCUCGGUGAUGAAGGAGGGACUUGGAAAAAUGUCCAAGGAACAGUACAUGGAGAAGAUCAAACAAGAUGCCGCGGGUCAAAACCAAAAACCUGAGUUCUAUGCAGAAGGUGAUGAAUCUGAGAUCAUCCGCCUGGAAGCGCAGAAUUUGUUGAUCGAUGCAAUGAAGAAUGGAACGCUGGAAGGCAUCCUGAACACAGUGCUGAAGGAUGGCAAAGUAAAUGCUGGAGGGCAGGGUGCCCUGCAGAAGACCAUCUCUGGACAUCUGUGUUCGGUGCCACCGGAGCAGACACAAAGCGCCACUCAGCGGGUGGUGAAGGACUUGAGUGCAGCGGACCAGUCGAAGAUUCGCACUGCCAUUCAGAAAAUCGAGGCUGACCCCAAAGACGCCUUGCGGAUCAAGGUGGCGGAACUCAUGCUGUCCGCACCGGACAAGAACCUUGAUAGCACAGUGGCGAACGUGAUUAAGGACCUCAGUAAGGCGGACAAGGAGAAGAUUGCGCAGGCGAUCGAAAAGCUGGAGGCGGUGAAGGAGGCGAAAGCGGAACGGGCGGAACUCCGCGACACGGUGAAGGACUUGCUGCGCUCGUCUCCGGAGGCCGAGCUCCCACGCCACGCUUCACAGGUCAUGCAGGGACUCAGCCCUGAAGACAGAAAGAAGAUCCAAGAUGCGAUUCAGCUCGCGGAGGCAUCCAAUGCAAAGACUGCUACCGGAGGUGCAACAAGUUCUUCUGGAUCUUCCACUGGCCAGAUGAGCAAAGGAGAGGAAUUGAUGAUGGCUGCCCCGGAAAACCACAAGCACCAGCAGUGCUCCAUUGAAGCAGCCGUGCAGGGCAUGGGCGUGGAUGAUCGAAAGAAGAUCCGCGACUCAGUGCAGCACCUGGAGGCCUCAAGUCCUGAAGAUGCCUUGCGCAUCAAAGCCACUGAGCUCACCAUGGCCACUCCAUCGAAUCCAAAGGACCAACUGGCUGCCAUCACUGAGGCUAUGAAGGGCCUGAAAGCCACGGACAAGAAGAAGAUCGCUGAUGCCAUUCAGCAUUUGGAGGCCAGCAGCGAGAACGACGCGGCACGCAUUAAGGCUGCGGAGAUGAUGAUGCUGGCGCCGUCCAAUCCGAAGCAUCAGCACUUCGCCAUUGCCGCGGCCAUGAAGGGCAUAAGUGCUGAUGAGCGAAAGAAGAUCCAAGAUGAACUUCAGAACACGCAGGCCUCUGGCGACAAAGAGGCCUUGCAACAGAAAGUGGUGGAUCUCAUGGCGACCCCACCCGUACGGAGACAUCAGCACUUCGCCAUCGCUGCAGCCAUGAAGGACCUUGGCCCUGCCGAGAGAACAAAGGUCUUCCAAUCCGUCGCGAAGGCGGAGGCUACCUCCCAAGCAUCAAGCAAAAAGCAGGACGGCCUGGCGGCGAUGGCGGCCGACUUGCUGCUGACCGCGGCGGAGGAGGGCAAGUUUGAAAACAAGCUGGCAGAGGCGAUUGAGGACCGAAAGGAAGAGCAGGAGGCAUUGCCAUUGCGGGAAAGGCUGACGGAAUUGCUGGAACGUGCCAAGGGCAAAGACCUACGAAAAGAGCUGCCAGCUAUCAUGAAGGAUCUGAGCGAUGCGGAGCAGAAGAAGAUCAUCGUAGCUGUCAGGAAGGUCCAGGGGGACCCGCACCACGCACUGCGCGUCAAGACAGCCGAGCUAAUGCUGUCAGCGCCAGAGGGAGCACCUUUGGAGCAGUCGGUGGCAGCAACCAUCAAGGAACUCAGUGCCGCUGAGAAGAGCAAGCUCAAAGAAGCAGUGGAAAAAGUGGAGAACAGCGCACCAAAGCUGGCCCACACGUUGUUGGACCUGCUGAAGUCCACUCCGGAGGAUCAGAUGGCAGAUGCCAUCAAGGCGGUAAUCAAGGAUCUGAGCGCAUCAGAUCGAAGCCAAGUGCAGCAAGCUAUGGCUCAGGUGGAGGCCGAUCCACACGACAAGCUGCGUCUGACCAUGGCAGAGCUGAUGGGCAGGGCUGCUGGAGCCACGCAGGGUGCCGCUGUGGCGGCUUCUCUGCAGGAGCUGCCAGCUGCUGAUCGGCAAAAGAUCUCGGAGGCCGUGUCGCACGUGGAGGCUUUCCACAGUCCCGUGAUCUUUCAGAAUGAGAUGAUGAACACGAGCAUGAACUCCUUCGGCAUGCAGCCUGGGUUGGCCAUUAUGUGA